ACAAUAACAAAGGUAGUCUGUCAAAAAGAAAAAGAGAGAGAAAAAAAAAAAAAAAAAGUCGAAACCGAAGACGUUUAUAAAACUGUCACUUGAAAUUCAUAAUAGUUGAAAAAGUGAUGAGUUAUUAAUAAUUAUUGACUUUUUAACACGUAAUGAAAAUAACAGUGUAUAGUGAAUAUGCUAAAAAUAUUAUUUGUGCCCGAUAAAUAUACAAUAUUAAACGAUGAAGAGCUGACAAUGUUUAGUUUAUAGAUUUAAUACUAUGAUUUGACAAUUGUUUUUAUUCAUAAGGUCGUUUUAAUUAAGGAGAAUGUUUAAAGCUGAGGAAUCAUCAAAAGGUAGUUUCCUUCAACAAACAAAAGCAGCGAGGGAAGAACGUGCCAAUGAAAAAAUUCGUGGAGAAGCAGCAACUUGCAUUCAAGCACUUGUCAAAGGAUGGCUGGCACGAAUUAAAUUCGCCAAUUCAAUUAGAACACAAUUUGAUGACAAUUUUGCAGAUGAAAAAUCUAUUGAUAAUGAAAUAAAUGACGUUAUCAAAUUAAAACCAGCUUUACAUAUAUACAAAAUAAUUUCUAGAUUUUUAAUUGUAUAUAAACAGGAGAAAGAUCAGGAAAGAGUGGAAAAAUUAUGCAGAUAUCUUGUGCAGUCAAUUUUAUCGGAAUCACCGAAACUUUCUUACGUUGGUGUUGCAUUAAAUAAAGAGCAUAACAUAUCAUGGAUCUCACAAAUAAAAACAAUUUUACAUCAUUGUAUGUGUGGUUUAGAAAAUCUUAAACCAGAAAUUGUCACUGACAAUAAAUCAAUUGUAUUAAGAUUACAUACAUUAAUUAGUUUCACAUCACCGAAAACAUGGGCAAUUCUUCAUCUCAAUGGAAUGGAAAAACUCAAAACUGGAAUGAAUCAACUUUGUGCAAAUAUUAUGGGACAUCUAGUCAGCAAUGGAUUUUAUAAUAUUAUGCAAGCUCUAUUGGUUAGAAGUAUGGCGAGAGAAAGUAUUACAUUAACGCCUGUUGAAUUAACAGCUGUUAUUACGUUAACAUUUAGGCCUUUGAUUUCAUCUCAAAUGUCUGAUAAAUUAGUUUCAUUGUUUUUAAUAAAUAUCCUUAGCGUUCCUUCAUUGGUUUAUCAUUUAAAUAAAGAAGAUUUUGAUAAGUGUAUUUCAUUAUUUACAACACAUAAUCUUCUAUCGAGAAGUCUAGAUUUAUUAAAUUCGGAACAAAAUUUAAGGAUAGUUUUUAAUGCACUUGAAGGAAAUUAUGCAUUAUGUCUUUUAGCGAAUUUAAUUCAAUUAGCAACAAUCGAGAAGGAAGAAGUUUUAAAAGACGCCUAUUUUCCAUCUUUUACGUUCGUUGUAACAAAAAUGUUGGAGGCUUGUCAACAAUAUGUGGUAGCAAAAAAAAGUAAUUUAACAAGUUGGCAUCCAAUUCUCGGAUGGUUUGCCCAAAAAAUCGAUCCAUCACUACCGAGUGUAAUUCCAUUUGUUAAAUUACAAUUAUCUGAGCUUUGGACUGGAAAAAUUGUUUCUCAAUUAUUUGGUCAACCAUUAAUGGAACUUGUUGAGAAUGAAUCACCUCCACAAUUGGAACAACAAAGCACAUCAGUGGGAACAAAUAUUUUUGUUCGUGCUUUUCUUGAAGCGAGGACAAACAGAACAAAUAGUAAUAAAAAUUAUCGUAAAUUGGGAAGUCCUGAAACGACGAAAAUAGCUUUAAUAUGUUCACUUUAUCAGACUGCACUCGACACAUUAACGGGAAUUAAAUUUGAUAUUUUAAUAGGUUUAAGCAGCGGUAAACUUUUAUAUCAUAUGUGGCUCUUUUUGGGAACUCUUGGCCCUCAUUGUGGAUUAAAGGCAUUUCUCGAUUUAUUAGCAGCAAAUACAAAAUGUACAGCGCCAGAAUUUCAUAUGUUAAUAUUAUUUUGUGAUUGCAUGACGAAUUAUAUUGCACUCUUGGACGAUAUGAAUAUGUAUGAGACGCAGGAUCCUUUUAAAAUUUCGGAUUUUAUUACAAUGUCCUAUUUUCUUAAUCAAUUUCUUUAUAAAGCAGUUCUAAACAAUUUAUUCGAUGGAAAAUCAGUUGUUAAUAAUCCCUUAUUUACAUCAUUGCAUACUUUACUUAUGACAAUAUAUCGACGAGAUUGUAGACGAACUUUUUGUCCAGAUGGUCAUUGGUUGGCAAAGGAGGUUCGAGUUUCAGGAUUUCUUGCUGAUUUAGAAAAAGGACGAAGAGGAGCGGCGCUACUUCUUUCGAAAAUGCCUCACGUUAUACCUCAUUCUGAAAGAAUUGUACUGUUUCGAAAACACAUUGCUGAUGAAAAAGCAGUACUUGGUUUAACCGAAAGUGCCUGUAAUAGUCCUCCAUCGACUCUAAUUUCAGUUCAUCGUUCAAGAAUUGUAGAAGACGGUUAUCGACAAUUGGCAAUGUUACCAUCUCAGGCAUUAAAAGGUGUAAUAAGAGUUCGUUUUGUUAAUGAACAAGGUUUGGACGAAGCUGGAAUCGAUCAGGAUGGUGUGUUUAAGGAAUUUCUCGAGGAAACAAUUAAACGAGUCUUUGAUCCGUCUUUAAAUUUAUUUAAAGCCACCAGUGAAAAUAGACUUUAUCCCUCGCCAACUUCCUCAAUACAGGAAAAUCAUCUUUUACUUUUUGAAUUUGUCGGACGAAUGCUGGGAAAAGCUGUUUAUGAAGGAAUAGUCGUUGACGUACCGUUUGCUUCAUUUUUUGUUUCACAAUUUUCUGGCCAAACAUGCGGUGCAUUUUACAGUUAUAUCGAUGAAUUAGCAUCACUCGAUCGUGAUUUGUAUCGAAGUUUAACACUUGUGAAAAAUUACAAUGGCGAUGUACAACAAUUAGAAUUAUCAUUUUCAUUGGACGAGGAUGUCAUGGGAAAAUUGGUUACACAUGAAUUAAUACCUGGCGGUCGUGCAGAACCUGUUACUGAUCAAAAUAAAAUUAAUUACGUUCAUUCAAUGGCAAGAUUUCGAAUGGUGACACAAAUUAAAGAUCAAACAUUUGCAUUUAUUAAAGGUUUUCGUUCAAUUAUCAAUCCAGAAUGGUUGUCACUUUUCUCAACACCUGAGUUACAAAGAUUAAUAUCGGGCGAUAAUGUACCAUUGGAUCUUCGUGAUUUACGAAGACAUACUCAAUAUUAUGGAGGUUUUCAUGAUAGUCAUCGAGUGGUUUCUUGGUUGUGGGAUAUUUUAGAAAAAGACUUUUCCGAAGAAGAAAGAGGAUUAUUUCUCAAGUUCGUAACUAGUUGUUCAAAAUCACCGUUACUUGGUUUCGCUCAUUUGGAACCUCCAUUUUCAAUAAGAUGCGUUGAAGUUGGUGCUGAUGAAGACACUGGUGAUACGAUAGGCAGUAUAAUUAGGGCAUUUUUCACAAUUCGCAAAAAGGAUCCACAAAAUAGAUUGCCCACAUCCUCGACGUGUUUCAAUCUUCUGAAAUUGCCAAAUUAUCAGAAAAAAAGUACUUUAAGGGAAAAAUUACGAUACGCUGUUACAAGCAAUACAGGUUUUGAACUUUCGUAAUUAAUUCUCUUUAAAUAUAACGCUAUAGCUGUGAAAACCAAAAAAAAAAAGAAAACAAAAAAUUGCAAAUUAAUAACAAAUAUAUAUGUAAAAUAUCAAAUAGAAUAUAUUAUAUAUAUAUAUAUAUAAUUCAGGUGCAUAUUGCGAAAAAUUGUGACUCUGAUGAUUUUAAACAUAAGUAAAAUUUUUAAAAUAUAUUUCUUAGAAUGAAAAAUUAAUUUUAUGUAUAGAUUGCAAUAUUACAUAAAAAUAUAUAUUAUAUAAUAAAUAACAGUGAUAUUCAGGAGACUA